AUGGAACAGCCCAAGCCUGGCACCGAAACUGCUCUGGAGGCCUGCGACUAUUUCGUUGAUGAGGUCAUUGAGGUGUCCUCAGUCCGGGACGCGCGGGAGGAGGUGCGCCAGAUCAAGCACGGAGAGCUCAGAGCUGCAGUAAGUGCCGGAGAUGAGCGGACGGUCCGAGUUCUGCUGGCGGCCCUGGGAACGGAACGGCAGAUUAUUGUCAAUAUGGCGCCUUCGGGAGCUAAUACCCUGCUCUUUAUAUCGUGUCAGUCUGGCUACGAGAGCAUUACCCAGAGACUGUUGGACGCUGGAGCCGAUGGUCGCUCCCAUGCGGUCACCAAAUACUCCCCGCUAUACGCUGCCGUUCACAGCGGGCACUUGGGCAUCGCCCGGCUGAUGCUGGACCGCUUUCCGGAAUUGAUCCAGCAACCGACUGUGGAGCGCUGGUUGCCGCUGCAUGCGGCCUGCAUUAACGGACACAUCAAGCUGCUGGAGCUGCUCAUUGGCUACAGCUAUCCAGACUACCUCUACCAAACAUAUCGCGACGAGGAGGGCUUGUGGGAGUGGAGGCUGCCAUUCGAUGCCAACGCCCACGAUGUGACCGGGCAGACUAGUCUAUAUAUAGCCAGCAUCCUCGGCAAUAAGCAGCUGGUCGGAGUACUGCUCAAGUGGCAGCUCCACUGCCGGCGCACGUUGGGUGAUUCGAAUUCCGCCAGCUCGGUGAGCACUCCCAUUACGCCGACCAGAAAACGCAUUUCGUUUGGCAUCCAGGCCAUCAUGUCCAAGCUGCACAUAUCCGGCGAAUCGGAUGGCCCCGAGGAGCAGGCUACUCAAGAGUCAACGGAGUGCCAGCGAUGUCCGGUCAACGUCAAUCUGCUGUGUGGAGCGGCGAGGGAAACGGCUCUGCUGGCCGCGGUUCGGGGCGGACACCUAGACGUAGUGCAAGCUCUACUGCAGCAUGGUGCCAAUCCGAAUAUUGUCGCCAAGCCAGUUGAAGAUCACAACGACCCCAAGUGCUGUGAGGAGAUCUACGGCCUGAGCAAUGUUCCGAUUGCCGAGGCCUGCAAGCAAAGGUCGUUGGCCAUGUUGGACCUCUUGCUAAAGCACGGAGCCCGCGAUGACAACGGUUCGGCCAUCGGAAUGGCCAUUUCUGGCGGAGAUGAGGCCAUACUUAGUCGUCUCUUGGCUCGACGCGUCCAUCCGGACUCCGACUACAAAAUCAACAAGAAAGGCCUGCCCACUCCAGUGGAGGUGAAUGUGUUCCUGCCGUCCACCAGCAACAUAUCGUACAGCGCCAUGUUUCCCAAUGUGCCGACCAUUAUUGACUGGCACAGCCUGGGCUCCAGUGUUCAGUUGUCGGUGGUUAGAGUUCCGUGGCUAGUCAGUGGAGUCUUGCUGCUGAAUCCCAAGCUGCAGUCGCACCCUAGGCUGACCGAGGUCUCGCUGACUGCCAUCACUCGCAUCGACUUCUCGCACAAUGUUCUCACAGCGAUUCCACCGGAGCUGUUCCACCUGGUUAGUCUCAAGUAUCUGAAUGUUGCCCAAAAUAAGAUCACCGAGCUGCCGGCCCCUAUGCAAGGAGCUAAGGGAUACGCCUGUCCCGUGCUGGACGAGCUCUUUCUGCAGGACAACCAGUUAACCAACCUGCCAGCGGCCGUCUUUCACCUGCCCGCACUCACCAUUCUCGACGUAUCGAAUAACAAACUGCAGGAGCUCCCGUUCGACUUGUGGCGCGCGCCCAAGCUGCGCGAGCUUAAUGUGGCCUUCAACUUGCUGCGAGACUUGCCAGUGCCGCCCAUGCAGACGAGCAGCUCCUUGCUGAGUCUGGACAAGCUGCAACUGCAGUCGUUUGAGGAGCCUCAGUCCAACAAGCCGCGUAAUGUGACCCAGCAGCGCCUCACCCAUCGCAAUCUCUGGUCGGCUUCGCUGGAUAUAACCGACAACGACAUGAAGUGGCAGCAGCACGAGCAGGAUUUCGGCGAUGGGAAGUCGGGCCCGGGCGUGGGAAGCUCCUCGCAAUUAAGCAGCCUGAAUAUAGCAAACAAUCUGUUUACCAGCAUUCCGGCAGCAUUGCCUUGCCUGGCAGUCAGCUUGACCAGACUCAACAUGUCAUACAACAGCCUGCGCUCCAUGGGUCACGUGACCAGCUAUCCAGCCACGCUCAAGCAGCUGGAUUUGAGCCACAACGAGAUAUCGUGCUGGCCAAGCUUGCCUCGAAUUACGGAAUCGGAUCCGCAUCUACUGUGCUACAGCUAUGUUCAGCUGCCGGAGAGUCGGCAGGAGGAAGAGGUAGCCUACAAGACGUCGUCCUCAAAGGGCAGCUGUUCAUCUGUCAGCUCCUUCCGAGCUUCGGUGCUAAAGAGCGUAUGCCGGCACAGGCGUCAUUUGCGCUUGGAAUCGCUGCGCACGCUCAUCCUGGCGGACAACCUUCUCACCCGCAUCCAGCUGUCCACGGACGAUGCCACCACCCUCUUUAACGAGAGCGAGGAUGCUGACUGGAGUGUGGUGGGUGUAAAUCGGUCCAAAGUGAUCUUCCCCAAUCUCUCCAUGCUGGACAUGACCAACAAUUGUCUUAAAGAGAUCCCCGCCUCGCUGCACGAACUGAGUAGUCUGUCGGUGCUGAACAUUAGCGGAAAUGUAAACAUCACGGAGCUGCCGCCACAUCUGGGAUUGUUGUCGCGGCUGUGGAACCUAAACACACGCGGCUGCCUGUUGCAAGAGCCACUGCGUUCCAUGAUUGAAAGCAAGAAGCACAAGACUAUGGACAUCGUGGGAUACCUUAAGUCUAUCUACGAGGAUGCCCAGCCGUACGCACGGAUGAAGCUUAUGGUGGUUGGCGUCGCUGGCAUUGGCAAGAGUACCCUGCUCGACCUGCUGCGCCAGGGAGCUGGAUCCGGCUCAAGCUCAAGUUCGCACCGAUCUCGCGCCAGUGAAAACCAUUGGGCCAAAAGGAUGGGCCACGCACGCAGUACAUCCCGGUCGCAGCGCAACUCUUCCGUAUCCGCCUCGAAUAUAUCCACGGUGGGUGUUGACAUCGGGACCUGGAUAUGCGAGAAGCGAAAGCGGGCACCCGGUUCCCAUGGCCCGGUAGUGUUUCGCACCUGGGACUUUGGCGGCCAGAAGGAGUACUACGCCACUCACCAGUACUUCCUGUCCAAGCGGAGUCUGUAUCUGGUGCUCUGGCGCAUCAGUGACGGCCAUAAGGGUCUGGCCGAGCUGCUGCAGUGGCUAGGCAAUAUCCAGGCGAGGGCUCCCAACUCUCCCGUCAUUAUUGUCGGCACCCAUUUUGAUGCAGUGGGCGAGUCCAUCUCUCCGCAGAAGGCGGAGCAGCUGCAACAGUUGAUACGGGAAAAGUUCAUAGCCAUUCCGGAUGCGGAGAAGAUUGGGCUACCGCGGGUGAUUGACUCGAUAGAAAUUAGUUGCCGCACCCUUCAUAAUAUUCACUUGCUGGCCAACAUAAUCUAUGAUACCGCCAUGCAGCUACGAUCGCCGGGCUCAAAGGAACCCAUGCUGCUCCAAAAGAUUCCCGCUAGCUACAUCGCCCUGGAGGAUAUUGUAAACGUAAUUGCUUGCAAUCUGCGUGCGGCUGGUCGAGAUCCUGUCCUCGAUGGGGAGCAGUAUCGACGCCUGGUCACGGAACAGAUGCGGCUGCACAACUACAAGAGCUUUCGAGAUGCCGCUGAGCUGCAGCAGGCAACUACCUGGUGCCACGAAAAUGGAGUUCUACUGCACUACGAUGAUGCCACGCUGAGGGACUACUACUUUCUCGAUCCGCAGUGGCUUUGCGAUAUGUUGGCCCAUGUGGUCACCGUGCGAGAGAUAAAUCCGUUUGCCCCGACGGGUGUAAUGAAGCUGGAUGAUCUUCAGCUCUUGUUUCGGAGUGUACAGGUUCAGGGAAAUGCCAAUCGCAGCUACAUAGUCAGUUUACUGAACAAGUUUGAGGUUGCCCUAACUUGGGACUCACGAACUCUGCUCAUUCCCUCACUGCUGCCACAGCAAGAGGCAACGACGCCCAACGCAGGCACUACAGUGAAGCUGUCACAGCGAUCUCGUGGUCGUAAUUUGGGUUGCUCCGUCUCGCAGGAAGUGAAUCUCAAUAACUUGAUCUAUGAGCCGAAAUCAGCAUCUCCAUCUUUAUCGGCUUCUACUUCGGCUGUUCAGGGCCUGAGGCGUGUUCUCCUUAUGACCUAUUUUCCAUCCGGUUUCUGGUCACGCCUGAUUACGCGGAUACUGGCUGAUGAGCAGAUUAUCGAGGCGAUCCGAGGCGUCUACGUGGCUACACAAGAUAAAUUCGUGGACUUUGAUUUGCGUACUUCCUUGGAGCAGGACACCCAGUGGAAUCUGUGGCAGACGGGUUUAGCCCUUUACUAUGGACCCAUCCUAAUAUUUCGAAUUUGGGAAGUACCCUUUCAGAGCUCGGAGCGCACGCAGCCUUUUCGGACGAAUGGCAAUCGCUUUAAGCUGAAGCUGGAUGGAAUUUGGAGUGACGUUAACCUGACCUCAUCCAGCAUUUUGGAGGUUUACUUUCCCCUGCUCCAGGUGAGCAUAUUGCAGGAAGUGGACGAUAGAGAACGUCAGUUGUUGGCCGAGCUGCAGCCACAGAUGUCGCAGAUAGCCAAGCUCUUGGCUCUGGCCGUCGACCACAUCGACUUGUUGCUGGAGGAUUGGUACCCCUCGCUGGGCACUCGGUUCGUGCACACAUCGGAAGGGCGUUUCCUGAUCACGCGUCUGGUGCUGUGCCCACGUUGCCUUUGGAAGCUGCAAUUGCAGCACAGCAACGAGCCAGCGGAUCGAGAACUGCCACCCAUUGGAUGCAAUAGGCCAAGUCGAAGUAUUAGGCGUGGGGCAGGCGCCUAUUUUCUGCAUGGCGUUGGUGAUCCCGGCGAAGAUGGUGCUUUAAAUGUAUUCUCCGCCUAUCUCAACGCUACUGCCCGUCGGGAGCGCCGCUCUGAGGAUUCCCUCGGCGCAGGCUCUGAUGCAGACUCCGGGGUGGGACCCGACUCAGCCGGUUCCUCACGCAAUACUUCGGUAGAUGGACACCCUGGCUAUCCCUUGCCGGAUAAUUCCAAUGUCUGCUAUGCCUGGAUGAUCGAGGAGUGCAUCUUGUCUGUUUACAACCAAAGCAAGCUCAGCUGUCCCGUGCAUCUGGAACAAUCGAUGGCCCAGCUAGCUCCAGAUGUCAUAUUUGCUGAUAUACCCGAUAAGCACACCAUUCCCACGGAAUGCAUCAUCAAGGGAUCCCUACUGGGUCGCGGGGCCUUCGGUUUCGUCUUUAAGGCCAGCUGCAAGAUCAGAGGCGCCAGAUCCUUUAAGCCGGUGGCCAUGAAAAUGCUUCAGCCAGUGCCACCAGGAGCCCGGGCCAAGGAGAGUGCUCUAAUGGCCUACAAGGUGGCUCUGGGCAAGUGGGAUCGUGAUCCGUUGCAGCACUCCUGCAAGGCCUAUUGCACUGCUCGCCAGGAGUUGGCCGUGCUGCUGACACUCAAGCAUCCCAACAUUGUGCCCCUGGUGGGGAUCUGUAUUAAGCCUUUGGCUCUUGUUUUGGAACUUGCGCCUCUUGGUGGUCUGGAUGCCUUGCUGCGGCAGUACCGGCGCAGUGGAGCUCACAUGGGUCCGCAUACGUUCCAGACCCUCGUUCUGCAGGCGGCACGUGCCAUCGAGUAUCUACAUCGAAGAAGAAUCAUAUACCGUGAUCUGAAGUCGGAGAACGUGUUGGUUUGGGAGUUACCGCAGCCGCACACGGAAGACAGUCCACGAAAUCAUGUGCACAUUAAGAUUGCAGAUUAUGGCAUCAGCAGGCAAACGGCUCCCAGCGGAUCGAAGGGUUUUGGAGGCACUGAGGGCUUCAUGGCACCCGAAAUAAUACGUUACAAUGGCGAAGAGGAGUACACUGAGAAGGUGGACUGCUUCUCCUUUGGCAUGUUCAUCUAUGAGAAUAUCAGCCUGCGACAACCGUUCGAGGGCCACGAGUCCAUCAAGGAGUGCAUCUUGGAGGGCAGCCGUCCAGCUCUGACACAGCGAGAGACACAAUUUCCCACUUGCUGCCUGGAUCUAAUGGUGCUAUGUUGGCACGAGCAGCCACGUCGCCGGCCGACAGCGAGUCAGAUUGUGUCCAUACUUAGUGCCCCGGAGUGCAUCCACCUGCUGGAUGUGGUUGCUUUGCCACAUACUGAGAAGAUCGUGUGUGGAGUCUUCCGGUCGCUGGUGGGCGGUGCGAGUGAGGAGGAGCGAUCCGGUCUGGAGUUGUGGCUACCCUCCUUUGGCUCUCGUAUUGACAUUCUGGACUGCACGCCGUCCGGCAGCCUGCUGCAGUGCAGCAGCAUUAGUUGUUCGCCGCAGCCACAGGUGGCUCCGCCUAAAACGCCAGAGAAUGGGGCUCACUCUCGAGCCCGGUCCGCGCAACGUUCGCCGAAAGUCAACAUGUUGUGCUGCUGCUUGGUGGGCGAUGCCAUUUGGAUGGGCGACGUUUCUGGCAACCUGCAUGCCUAUAGCACCUCCAGCUAUGCCCACUUGUUCUCCUACAUGCUCGAUCCGGCCAUCAAGUCAGCUGUGAUAAGUCUAGUCCACAUGGAGAAGAUUGACCGUGUGGCCGUGGGCACGCACAAUGGUCGCGUGUUUCUGGUAGAUGCCACACAGAUGCCCAGCAAUUGCGCCUUUGCCGAGGGCUCAUUCGUACUGACGGAGAUCUGUUCCGGAUUUGUGUUACACGCAGCCUGCUCUGUCUUUGUGGAUGGCACCUACGAGCUGUGGUGCGGCGAAAUAGCCGGAAAGAUAAAUGUUUUUCCGCUCAACGAGACCGGAGUAUCCGGUCACCAGGCUCUGUGUCAUAGCGAGGAGCCCAAUCUGAUCGAGGACGUCAAGGUGGCCCGAAUGUGCAGCAAUGACAGUUACGUCUUCAGCUGCCUCUAUCCCGGCUGCAUGGUGUACCAGUGGGGCGUUGCCUCCAAGCGCAUUGAAAACAAAUUGGACUGCUCCAAGCUGUUGCCGUGUUCCGAGUCCCUGCAAAGCAUCGCCCUCGAUGAGCACGUGAACCUGAUCAAGUGCCAGAUUUCGGCUCUGGCGGCUCACAGUACGGAGCUGUACAUUGGAACCACCUGGGGUUGCUUGAUCGUGGCCGAGCUGCAGAGCCUGCGCCCAAUAAGUGUUUUUCGGCCCUAUGAAAACGAGAUAAAGUCCAUCAUAACGUUGUCCAAUGAUAAGGUGCCUCUGAUCGCCACGAUUGGUCGUCGGUACCGCUCUCUGAUCUCACGCUACGUGGACUCGGCCGAGUCCUCCUCCGCCUGCUCAGCCGUGAGCACACCCACACAUAGUGCAGGCAAAUCCCUGCCACCGGCGGAUGUGGACAAUCACAUCCAUUGCCUGCUGUGGCGCGCCAAGCACUGGACAUAAAUUCGAUCUCGCAAGGAGUAUUUGUUGACGUUUUUUUUUAAUAUUACUAAUUUACUUAACACGACACUGACAAAGCUGUUGAAAAAGGUGCUGGACAUGAGGGAUAGUCAUUGCGAUAUUGUUGAUAUUUUUUUUAAUUUUUUCGAAACUACAAUUAUAAGGUGCAAU